AUGGCAUCAGGUUAAAAUAAAGCUGACGAUGACUUCAAUUCUAGCAAUAAAAAUGAUCAUAAAAUAGGAUAAAAAGAAUCUUAAAUUGAAGAUAAAAAGCAAUUAAAUAUUUAAGAGGCUGAUAGAUUUUUUGAUGAUGGUAUGCAUCAAUUUAAUUUAUUUUAGGAAUUGCCUUAAGUAGAUCAAAGAAAUAUUAUGAAGCAAUUGAGUGCUAUGAUAAGGCUAUUGGUAUUAAUCCAAAAUAACCUUCUUUUUGGAGUCAUAAGGGUAAUUAACAGUUAAACAUAAAUAAUUAGGGUAUGCAUUAAUUUUUCUAAAUAAAUAUUAAGAAGCAAUUGAGUGCUAUAACAAAGCUAUUUUCUAAAAACCAAGAAAUGUUGUUGCUUUCAUUAAUAAGGGUAUAUAUUAGUUACAUACUAUUAUUUAGGUUAGGCAUUAAGUGCUCUAAAUAAAUAUGAAGAAGCAAUUAAGUGUUAUGACAAAUCACUUUCCAUUAAUCCAAAGUGUUUU